UAAAGUGGGGCAGAGGGGGAGUCUGCAGGGUGUAAAAUACACAGGAGCUGCGAAUCAGAAACUCCGCAGACCUGCGCAACUCUUUAACAAGCACCGGUUGUUUUUUUUUUUUUUUAGUUUUUUUUUUCGUCAGUAAUUCUUUACUCACAACCUGCCGCCGUAAAGAUGACCACAGCCGUGGUGUCGCCGUUCUUCGACUUCGAAGUAAUAAACAAGAAUAAUAAGCUUCUCAGCUACAACAACAACAACAACCUGGGUGCCCCUCACCCCAUGUCUGUCCCUUGCACUGGCACAAACGUGCCCAUUUCCAACGCCGCCGGAUCCCUGCUGGACAGGAAGGCGGUGGGGUCUCCCUCAAUGGGGGGUGUGUACCAUCGGCGGCACUCUGUCAGCAUCACAAAGUUUAGCCAGAAUCAGUUUCUGAACAGCCUGAAGGCAGUGGACCACUCCUCGCUCAUCUCAGGGCCUGGCAAUGCCAGCAACAACAAGGAGAACCGCCUGCGAGACCGCUCCUUCUCUGAGAUGGGUGAGCGGCUGAUCAACAAGUGCCUGGGCCCGGCCAGUCCCACGUGCGGCAGCAGCCAAGUGAACUCCAGCCGUUACAAGACCGAGCUCUGCAGGCCUUUUGAGGAAAACGGUUCCUGCAAAUAUGGUGACAAAUGCCAGUUUGCACAUGGGAUCCAUGAACUGCGUAGCCUGAGCCGGCACCCCAAAUACAAAACUGAGCUGUGCCGCACCUUCCACACCAUCGGAUUCUGCCCGUACGGGCCUCGGUGCCAUUUCAUCCACAACGCAGAGGAGCGCCGCGGACCUCCCCAGCAGUCCUCCCCUCUAAACUCUUCAAACAAGAUCGAGAGGCCUCGACUGCAGCACAGCUACAGCUUUGCCGGGUUCUCCAGCUCAGCUGGGCUGAGAGAAAGUCCCACCUCAGUCACCCCACCUCCCAUGUUCUUCCCUGAUGAGGUCCCAGAUUGGCCCAGCAGUAACCCCUUCACCUAUUCCAGCCAGGAGCUGGCCAACCUGUUUGGGCCAAGCCUCGGUGCUGGUUCUGUAGGCACAGAGCCCAACACCCCUGCACCUCCAUCUCCAACAAGCUCGUCUUUUCUGUUCAGACCUAUGUUGGAGUCCCCACAGAUGUUCGAGUCGCCAUCCAGCCCUCGAGACUCCCUGUCAGACCAAGAAGGUUACCAGAGCAGCUCUGGCUCCGAGUCCCCCUCGCUGGACACCACCCGCCGCCUUCCCAUCUUCAGCCGCCUCUCCAUCUCCGACGACUAGACCGCCUGCAGCCUCCAGUGACUUUUUAAGUUUAAUGACGCAAAGAGAACAUGGCUCUCCCCUCUACCUCCUCCUCCCCAUCUUUCAGUUUCCCACCGAGUCCCCCGUCAUUGUAAGGAUGUAAUCAAUGAAGGGAGCUUUUCUUAAAUGAUCAUUUCAUCCCAGCUGAUCUGCACAUCUCAUUUAAAAUUCUGCCAUGUGUCAUAGUGCCAAAUGAGAAGUGGAAAUUGAACAGUGAAAACAAGAAUUAACUUUGUCCAGGUGCCACUUGCAUUUUUCCUCUUUACACCCCCCCCCCCCCCCCCCCCCUUUCCUCUUCAGUUCUUGAAUGUGUAGCAACAAGUGGCCUUGGAAAAGGGGAGUGCGAUGCACGAACCCCCAGCCCCCUCUUGCCUUCUCUGCCCUGAUGAUACCACUUCCCCCUGAGCAGGCUAGAUGGUGCUCACUAAUGUAAUUGUAGCUCUACCGCAGAUGUUUUUGCAGACUCGAUGCAUAAAUGAUAUAAAAAAAAUGAUAGACCCUGAAAAUAUAUGAAAAGGUUUUAAACAAAAAUAAAAAAAAUAGUGCCUGGGGCGGUUUCUGCAUGUGUUUAGGGUGAGUGGACUACUGUGUUUUUUCUCUCUGCUCCUACCCCACUGUCAGUUCUUCUAAAGCCCCGUCUUAUGUAACUGAACUGGGUGAGUCUGCAGGAAGGACUUUGAACUGGAAGUUGGUUGUGCCCCCCGCCCUCUCCUGAGUUUUCUCCUCCUGUUGCUGGUCACUGGCUUAUUUUUAUUUUUUUUGUUCUUUUAUUUUGGGAAGGAAGUCUUGAUAUCGAACUGAUCAUUAAACUUGUACGACUUUGUCCCGCUGCCACCUGUUUCAUCUUCACCGAUCUGGGGAAUUCCAGCAUUCCCAUGGUGCAGUUGUACAUCCUACGACUUAAGAUCGGAUCUGCAAACUGUUUUCCUUUACCCACCCCCUUCACUUUACGAUGAUCCUCGGAGCGCUAUGUACUCAUUACAUCCCUCUUGCCUUCAUUAUUUGAUAAUUAUUUUUUAUUAAUGUUGUUAUUACGGUUAUUAUUUGAAAAAAAAAACUUUCCAGACAGAAGGUUUGCGUGUCACUGCUUAUUUAACUUAUCAGAACAUAUUUAUUGGUGAUCAUAUGCAUUUUUUUGUUAAUUUUGUUUUUGUAUUUAUCUGGAUAAUGAACAAUAGAAUAUAUUUUCUUUUAUGUUAAAUUAUGAUCUUCCAUAUUAAUCUAAAGAUUGUGAAGACGUUUUGUCAGUUUUCCUUUUUCCACAGUUUAAUAUAUUGUACUUCAAUAACUUUUUUUGUUCUACAACUACACUUUGUCAAAAAAAUGAAACUAAUUUAAAGCAAGGAAAAAAAUGCAAAAAAAAAGUUUUGCGUUUUGAUUAUUUAUUAUACUUUUUUCUUACUCCCUCUCAUUGGACUGCAAUUCCAUCUAAUCUAGAUUUGCUUGCAUUCAUUCCUGAUGUUUUUCUUUCACGUCUGCUAAUCUGACAGUAACAGUUGCUAGCUGUUAUUACAUUGAAUCGGUUGAUCUUUUUGAGACCUUGUCCCCACUUUGAAGAGUAGAAUCCUAACAGAAGUUGGGUUGAUGGUAAUGGUAGUAAGCAGGAACCAGAAAACCCUCCAUCCGUUGUUUCUGUAGAUUCAGAGUUGGGGGUUGGUUUACGUUGACCUAUUUCUGUUUAGCGUUGUUCUUGCAUCCAGUCUAUUACAAGCAAUAGCUGUGACCAAAUGGGUUGAGGAAAGUAUAUUUUCUGGUUUUUUAUUUUAUUUUAUUGGAUGCUCGAUGCACUUGCUUUGGCCCCGUCUCGACCAGUGGAAGUGCCUCGUUGAAUACAUUCCAGGUAGCUAUGGCUUUUUGGCCUUUUUAUAUUUAAUAAUGGAGGACAAUUUUUACGUCGCUUGUUCUGUCGCCUUUACGUGUUUGGAAGAGGUGAACGGAAUCUGACACAAAGAAAGUAAAGCUGUUGAAUGUAUUUUUUUUCUUUCUGCCAUGUGUUUUCACUACAGUAAUCUCUGUGAGUUUAUAUGAAAACCUUUUGUUUCUCUCUUUCCUUUUGUAAGUAUUGAUUGCAGUUAAGUCAAUAAACCCCGUAUUUUUGGAAAAGUAAA